AUGGCCCCACGAACUAAACGCCAAAAGGCAACCAUUAACUCUCAUGCUCAACGAAAAAGUGCAGAAAAAUUCCAAAAACGGAAAGAUGACAACACUUUCGAAAGAAGAAUCCUGGAAUUAGAGACGCAGUUAGCUCUUCAAAUCGAACAAUGUGAUCGCAUCAGAAUGGAAAAUGAAGAUCUGGAAAAUGAUAACGAGCAAUUGUUGAUGAAAUAUGCUGAUCUCGUAAAAAAUGCGGAAAUCACGAAGAUGUUGUGGGGGGGGAUCACGGAACAGAGCAUUGAGCAUCUUCAUGGAAUCUUCAACAAGAUGGAGAGAAGGUUUAUUGCUGUUCGAGAUCCAAUUCUCCGUGCUAAUUUAAUUAUUAGACAAAUGACUUAUCUUAACUUGAUUCACGAUAUCGGAGACUCCUGGAGAGCAGCUGACUAA